UAUUUGACGCAACUGUCGAGGAAAGGGACGGGGAAUCGGGAAAAAUAGACUACAGUUCCCAUCGAGCCGUGCGGCUUCCAAGCUAAGGGAUUGUCAUCGUUGCGAGGAGAGUUGUGACGAGCCGAUAUUGACGGGACACCAUGGCCGGGGGAAUGGCAAUCCUGGGUUCUUCAAUCCUGGCCCUCCUGUUGGCUGGAUACUUGGCACAGCAGUAUCUUCCCCCUCCCAAACCAAAAGUGAUCGGUGUAGAUCUGGGCACCACGUACUGCUCUGUCGGCGUGUUCCAGCCCGGCACCGGAAAGGUGGAGGUGAUUGCUGACCAAGCUGGGCGAAGGAGUUUGCCGAGUGUGGUGUCGUUCACUGACAGAGAGAUAUUGGUGGGGUAUGAUGCUCAGGAUCUGGGUGACACCAAUCCGCUCAACACUGUGUAUGAUGCCAAGCGCUUUAUAGGAAAGCGCUUCACACCAGAGGAGCUGAGAGAUGAAAGCAGCCGGUACCAGUUCAAGGUUUUACAUAACAAUGGAGAUGCAGAGUUUUCCAUCUCUGUAAACGAGUCAUUCCGUGUCACACCUGAGUACGUUGGUUCCCUGUUGCUGUUGGAGUUGAAGAAGUUGGCAGAGGAGCACGUGGGGUUGCCCAUCAGUAAGGCUGUCAUUUCAGUGCCAGCCGACUUUGACGAGAGGCAGAGAAACUACACGGUGAAAGCAGCACAAAUGGCAGGGUUGGACAUCCUCCGGGUUAUUAAUGAGCCGACGGCGGCAGCCAUGGCCUACGGGCUGCACAAAGCGGAUGUUUUCAAUGUGUUAGUGGUGGAUUUGGGGGGUGGCACGUUGGACGUGUCACUGCUGAACAAACAGGGAGGAAUGUUCCUGACCAGAGCCAUGGCAGGGAAUAACCAAUUGGGAGGCCAAGAUUUCAACCAGCGGCUGUUGAAGUAUCUGUUUAAUCAGAUCUACCAACGGUUCGGGGCUCUGCCCUCCAACCAGCGAGAUGUGCAUCGUCUGCGCCAAGCUGUGGAAGCAGUUAAGCUGAACCUGACCCUUGCUGACUCCGCGCUUGUUCGUGUCCCACUCUCACUGCCAGAUCGAGGGCAAUCCGGUGAAACAGAGAGGGGUGGUCGAGGAGAAGACGAGGGUGGCAACCAGGUGAUGUUCGAAGAAACGGUAACCAGAGACCUCUUUGAGGAGCUCAACCAAGACCUUUUUGAGAAGAUCCUGGAUCCUGUGAAGGAGGUGCUCUCUAGUGGUCACCUCGACCGCUACGAUGUGGACGAAAUCGUGUUGGUCGGCGGCUCCACCCGCAUCCCCCAGAUACGGCAGGUCAUACGCGAGUUCUUCAGCAAAGAGCCCAAUACCUCUGUGGAUCCCGACCUGGCUGUCGUGAUGGGCGUGGCCAUACAGGCUGGGAUCAUGGGCGGCUCCUGGCCACUGCAGGUCAGCGCCCUGGAAAUUCCCAACAGGCAUCUACGGAAAACGAACUUCAGCUAGUUGAUUCCUUUCCUCCCCACUUUCACGGUGAAGUUGCUCACAGAGGUUCGGCAGUCCUUUUAUUUUUGUACACUGGAGGUGGUGAACACAGACAAAAUGUUAACACUUACAGUUUACCAUAAUCUUCAAAAUUAUCUCCAUGCUUUCUGGCAAAUCAUCUUGAGAUGGUUAGUCAAUAAUUUUAGAAGCUUUGCUCUAUUGGCAUUCUGCUGUUCCAUCUUCGUGUUGUAAUGGUUCCUAAUACUAGGGCAGUUUUUGCUUGUUACAUUGGUCAGAUCACCAGAUAUUUACUGCUCACAUCAAUCUUUACAUGCUCUGCUAUUUCCUAGAUAUGGUUUAAUAUGUACCUCUCGAUUCACUGACAACUCUUGAGUGCUGCCAUAUUCAGUCCACUCAGGAUGACCGUGGAAAUUUUAUGGUUUUGGGUCCACCUCCUUACAGCCUCUGCUCUUGGCUGAUCUGGCCUAAACAGUGGUCACACCAAUGGUCAGAGGGAGCUGAAUUCCUGCCUGUCAGUGGAUAUUCAAUGAAGAUGAGAUUGCUUUUAUCUUGACAACACCUGUCUUAAGUUGGCCCCAAAGGAAAGUAUGGGACAUGUACACCAGGGUCGGUUAGUUCUGGCUGGUAGUGAACCAUGCUGAUCUUUGGGUGAUGCAGAUGGUGGAAAGAGUCUCUGGAUCUUGGAAACUGACCAGUAAAUGGUCUGACAAGGUGAAUGGUGAAGGAACUGAGAAAUAAAUUGAGUGCUUUAACCCAAGAUAUUUCAUUAUUUAAAAUGACUUUCCUUCAGUUAAGUGGUGCACAAGGCAAAGAGUGAGGUGUAAAUUUAUUAAAUAUAUAUUUAUAUGAAAUUUUAUACAUAGAGAAACUUUAUGAGACAAUUUUUUUUCCUUGAUGGAACAUGUGUUUAAAGAUCAUGAAGCAAUUAAAUACUUGAUUAAAAGACUAAAUAAAAUAAUAUUCAUUUGUUUCUAAAUAUUGCCCUGGGCUGCCCUGCAAGGUUCAGUUCAGACAAUCAUACUCUGACCAUUCUUCUUUUUUAAAAAAAAGAAAAAAAAUAAUUAAUUCUCAAAAGGGAAAAGGUACUGCCAUGGUCAGUAUUAUUAACCCUUGAGAAGUUGGCAGUCAGUUGCCCUCUUAAACCACUGUGGUUUGUGUUGAGUAGGGCAUUCCAAGGUUUUGCUUUGGUCUGUGAAGGAACAGCUGAUUAUUUUCUAGUAGGGAUGGUAUGUGACUUAUGGUGGUGUUCCCCUUGUACAUUGGUGGUCCAUGCUGGAGAGAAUGAAUAGGUUGCCAGCUAAUAAGCAUUGUGAAUGUUUACCUUCCAUUCUUUCAGUAGCAUUGCUGGACAGCCUUUUUAAUUGCUACAAAACUUUCCAUGGGCAGUAUUGCCCUUCAGUUUACCACUGCACUCCAGUGCUUAUGUUCUUCAUAUUGACCCAAUCAAUCUUUUCCUUUGGCUUGAUUCUCAUUAUAUACUACUCAUUCCUUCUAAUCUGAGAGAAUGCUGAAGGUGUGGAUGAGAGUAAAUAGCCAUGCAACUCUUCCAGGACCAACAACAUUGCUACUAAGUCACUGGGCAACUCUUGUCAGUUGAGUCAUGUCCACAGACUUUCCUUCAUCCCUAAUACUGACAUGACCUGAAGCCAGAUAUUGUGUGACAUAAUGUGUCGGCCAAGACAUGAUACAUGAGCCUGAAAUCUUCAAAUGAUUUGUAAGGCAUUAGGUUAGAAAUGUUUUGGAUUUUUCUUUCAAUGUGAAGCUGGUUUACUGUUCAAUUAAUAAAAAUGGUAUGUGUGUAGCCUGUUGUUGAGAAAUAUUUGUCCUUGAACUUCCUAUAGUGCGUGGGAAGACUACUGUGUACUCAGGCAAUUACUUUGCAGAAUUAUUAUCACUGUGAUAGCCCUCUAACUCUGCAGUAUAAAAUCUGCUCAAUGCUGUGUAUAUAUUCCACAUGAGAUUCCUUUAUAUACAUCGUACAUCAUUGUGUGAUCCCGUUCACUUUUGUGUAUCGAAUUGUUUGCCUGGACCAUUCCACACAGUUACAAAUUCCGCACUUACUUCUAUUAUUUAUGUUUUUAUUUUGCGUUACGGUGUGGAGUAGGCCCUUCAAGCUUCGCUGCCUCAUCAUCCCCACAAUCCCGACGAACCCUAACCUAAUCACAGGACAACUUGCAAUGACCAAUUAACAACCCGGUACAUUUCUGGACUGUUAGAGGAACCCAUGUAUUCCGUGGGGGAGGAUGUGCAGAGUCUGCUUACAGAAUGACGCUGGAAUUGAACUCCGAACUCCUGAAUGCCUUGAGCUGCAAUAUUGUCACGCUAACACCUAUGCUACCAUAGCUCUUCAGGGAGUUUCUGCCAUAUUGAUUGUGUUUUCAGCAUUGGGAUGUAUGAUUUUACGAAUGCUUCGACAGCCACAAUCUAGAGUAGUAUCUUAGAGUCAUAGAGCACUACAGUAGAAAAAUACACCCUUCAGCCCAUCUUGUCCAUGCCUAACAGUUAUUCUGCCUAAUCCCAUCAUCCUACACUAGGACCAUAGCCUUCCAUACCCCUCCCAUCCAUGCACCUAUCCAAACGUCUCUUAACUGUUGAAACCGACCUGCAUCCUCCAUUUCUGCUGGCCGUUCGUUCCACACUCUCACCACCCUCUGAGUGAAAAUGUUCCCCCUCAGUUUCCCCUUAAACAUUUCACCUUUCACACUUGACCUAUCUCCUCCAGUUCUAGUCUCACCCAACGUGCUUGCGAUUACUCAAUCUAUAUCCCUCAUAAUUUUGUAUGCCUCUAUCAUUUUUGGGAAUCUAUCUCUUGAGGAAAUCAUUUACUUUCUCUGUACCAGUAAUAAUCAGCCAGGACUGAAGUUAUUUUGUUCACUACUUUAUUAGAAAACGUACAAGGACCAGGUAUGGCGGUCCAAGAUGACUUAAAUGUACAACUGGUGUAAUGAGUACUAUGCUCCAAGCUUAACCCUGUGGCAUCUCCCAAUUCUAACACAGCAUAGAUGAGCAUUUUCCUGUCUAAUCUUUUAGACAUUUACUUACUACAUUUUGACCAGUCAACAAUGAGACUCCUUGUCAGUAGUCUGAUAAUCAGAAAACAUUGCUUUGAUCCACAAAUUAAUCAGCUCUGCACCCUUUAAAGAUUAUCAAUACUCAUCAGAAUGGUUACUAUUAGCCACCACAUUCACCUUUUGAACAAAUAUAUUGGUAAAGUCAUCACCCUCUCCUCGCUUUUCUGCAGAGGUUAAUUGCUUCAGCAGGUCUCUGAUCUCUUCAUAGAACAUGGAACACUACAGCAUAAUACAGGCGUUUUAAUUCACAGUCUUGAACUGACCUUUAACCUACUCUAAAAUCAAUCUAACCCUCCCUUCCAUAUAGCCCUCCAUUUUUCUUUCAUCCUUGAGCCUAUUUAAGAGACUGUUAAAUUUCCCUAAUUGUCCUGCUUCUACCACCACCUCUGGCAUGGUGUUCUACAACACCCACAGCAUCCUGUGUAUAUUAAAAAAACAAACACACACACAACUUCCCUCUGAAUCCCCCUCAUAAGCUUUCCUCCAAUCACCUUAAAAUUAUGCCCCUCAUAUUAGCCGUUAUCCAUGGGGGAUAAAGUUUCUGGCUGUCCACAAUCUGUGCCUCCUACCAUCUUGUACAUCUAUUCGUUGUAGAAAGCAUUGCAUUUGAAGAUAGCAGGUUGUGUAAAUCCUGUUUAACACCGCCUUUUGUUGGUUCAUGUACUCCCAAAGCUGCCUAAGAGGACACGAAGCGUGUCUUUCUAACUACUAGUUCUAUUGACAUACCAAAUGUUUUUAAAAUAAAGCAACCACUUUCAUAUUCACAGAAAUCUGCAGCAUGAUCAAGGACGUUCAGCUCAUUGUGUCCUUACACAUUCCUUGCUGUUCUUUCACGCAACCUUCCAAAUAGUUGUCAAUUAUAUAUUUGUAUUUGCUUUCAUUGCCCUUUCCGGCUGUAUUCUGAAUCACAACAGUGUUAAUCUCAAUCUCUUUAAUGAUCAUCCUUCAAUUUUUCCUUUAGUUACCUUGUACAGGUAAUCCCUGUGUUAGGAUCCCCCAAAUACAGGCGAGCAUCCAUAGCAGUAUUAAAUUCCAAGUCAGGCGUAUAUAUGUCUAUUCCUGGAAACAACAGCAUUAGUUUCCUCUCUCCAUUUUAGUAAUUAAAUCAUAAGACACAUAGGAGCAGAAUUAUGCCAUUCAGCCCAGCAAUUCUGCUCCACCAUUCCAUCAUGGCUGAUUUGUUAUCCCUAUCGACCUCAUUCUCCUGCCUUCUCCCUGCAACCUCUUGCUGAAGAUUUCAUUUCAUUUUUAUCCAACGAGCCGCCACCACAUUCCCUCUGCCUACCUGCCUGACCUUCCUAUACAAUGUGUGUCCUUGGAUGUUAAGCUCAAACUAUGAUCUUUCAGCCACAACUCAGUUAUGCCCACAUCAUACCUGCCAAUCUCCAAAUGUGCCACAAGAUCAUCUACCUUAUUCUGUAUACUGUGUUCAUUCAAAUAUAACACUUGCAGUCACAACACGCUGGAGGAACUCAGCAGGUCGGGCAGCAUCUGUGGAAGCGAUCAGUCGACGUUUCGGGCCGGAACCCUUCGUCAGGACUCAGGACUUCGUCUCCACAGAUGCUGCCCCACCUGCUGAGUUGCUCCAGCGUGUUGUGAGUGUUGCUUUGACCCCAGCAUCUGCAGAUUAUUUUGUGUUUAUGAUAACUCUUUCAGUCCUGUAAUCAUCACCCUUUUAAUUUUGCCCCUAUGCUGUACUUAAAUUCAUUCCACUGACUGAUUUUGUCCUUUCCUGAGCCUGUUGUUCCUCACAGUCUCAUUACACACCUCAUCUACUUGUAUACCAACUGCCCCAUCCACAGCCCUAUCACUCAGUUUCCCAUCCCUGCCAAAUUAUUUACCCUCCCCAACAGUUGUAGCAAACCUGCCCACAAGAAUAGUCCCCCUUGUGCAACCAGUCCUUUUUGUACAGGUCUUACUUUCAGAGUUCCCAAUGAUCCAUGAAUCUGAAACCCUUUUCCCUGCACCCUUUCCUCAACCAUGCAUUCAUCUACCAAAUCAUCCUAUUCCUACCCUCACUGGCAUGUGGUGCAGGCAGUAAUCCAGAGAUUACUACCCUGGAGGUUGUGCUUUUCAGCUUCCUACCUAACUCCCUAUAUUCUUUCAUGAUCUUAUCCCAUUUUCUACCCGUGUCAUAGGUACCAAUGUGUACUAUGACUUCUGACUGUUCACCCUUUCCCUUUGCAAUGCUGCAGACCUAACCCAAGACAUGCCUGACCCUGGCAACUGGCAGGCAAAAUACCUCUGGGUAUCAUUUUCACAUCUAUAGAAUCUCUUGUCUCAUCCUCUAACUAUGGAAUCCCCUAUCCUGCUGCACUCCUCCCCCUUCCCUUCUGAACCACAAAGCUAGACUCAGUGCCAGAUUUCCCCCUGGUAGGUCAUUCUCCCCCCCCCCCCCCCAACCCCCAUAGUACACAAAGUGGUGCACUUACUGUACUUAUUAUGGAGGGGAAUGGCCACAGGGGUACUUUGCACUGGCUGCCUAUUUCCUUUCCCUCUCCUGACAAUCACCCAGGUACCUGCCUCCUGCAAGUCAGGGGUGACUAUCUCCCUGUAGCUUCUAUCUAUCUUCUCCUGUGUGAGUGGAAGGUCAUCAAGCUGGAUUUCCACUUUGUUAAAACAGUCUAUAAGGAGCUGCAACUUGGUGCACUUCAUGCAAUGUAGUUAUCAGGGAGACUGGAGUUCUCCCAGAGUUCCGACAUCGCACAUAAAGAACAUACUAUUAACUCUGGACCCAUUAUCAGUGCACUAGCUAUGUACUAAUUGACAAAGUAAGAGGAAAAAAUAUUAGAAACUUAGAAACUCUGCCUGUGCUUGCCUGAGCCCGUUGAGCCAAAGCCUCCCACUCUAACACUGGCCCACUCCAAUAAUGGCUGCUCCAAUAAUUCUUUCUUGUCAGUUUUAUGCGCAGUUGAUGCCAUUCCCCACAGUACUAUGGCGGUAUGGUUACCCUGUGGAAUGGUUUUCGAGUCAUAAACUACAAUUUAUGGGUAACAAUAUUGCUUAACUUUGCCAGUAAGCAAAAUGAGCAAGAUCACCUUAUGGACAUGUGUAGAAACAGAACUCGUUCAUUACCUGGGCAGGGGCUGUGUCUGUGGUCAGGUUGAUAGCAAAAAAAUUCAUAUAAUUUUGAAUUCUUUUGUUAAAUCUGUCAAUAAUCUUUAAUUCUAGGUGAUAAAUUUCUGCUCUGUAUCUGAAUACAACUUAAAGUUUAUUGCAUGAAAUAUUACUUAUGCCUUUUGUACUGAUUCUAUUUCUUCCCCCACCUCUCAUGCCCUCUACCUAAUGAAAAGUAAUCCACCUGACUGUGUUAUCAUCACAGCUUGUUCUGGUGAUGUACUAUGGGCUUUGUUUUAUUUCUCACUUACAACUCAAGCCGAUCUGUUGAGUAAGUUCCAUCCUCUAGGAAGAGCCAGAGUUGACUACGAAGCUGUGUGUGUUGAGGAGAAUGACGAAGGCGUGCCCACAGAACAGGAGUUCCCAACCUCUUUUAUGCCAUGGGUGAAUACCAUUAAGCAAGGGACCCAUGGACCCAGGUUGGAACCCCCUGCUCUAGAUUGUAGCAUAGGCUAAGUCGCAAGAAAGGACGUGCAGCUGAGAAAUCAUCCUUGCCUGCUUGCUUUAGACGUGUGAUUUUUCUCCAUUUUCACUCCUAUUCCUUGGGUACAGGGUCAUUUGAAGCUUUCAAAGGUGUGGGAAAUACCAGAAACUAUUUCCAACUUUGUGCUGCUCAGGAUCCCUUGGAAAUGUGUACAAUGAAAUUGUUUAUAGAAGCUAAAGGUUUAGUUAUUGAUUUGGUAUUGAAAGUUCCAGCAGUGUUGUGAAAGCUGACAUGCAGAAGGAACAUUGUAGUGUAUAUCUUAUGAACAUGCCAUCAUUCAAUGUGUAACGCUGGACUGGAGAAUAAACUAAAUGU